AUGAGUGUUCUGAAACCUUAUGGAACCUUAUUGGUAUACUUUGUGUUUUUUGUAAUGGUCAUUGUUCUGUACAAUAAAUAUUCAGAGAGUUUUAGCUCAAAUAGAAGGAUAAUUGUGAUAACACCUACUUAUAGAAGAAUCACCAGAAUGCCUGAUAUUACACGAAUGUCUAACACACUGAAACAAAUCAAAAACCUGCAUUGGAUAGUCAUAGAAGACGGCGAAGAACUUGUGCCCGCCGUUCAAAAUGUUCUGGAAAGAUCAGGGCUACCGUAUACCUAUGUGACGCAUAAAACUGCAAAAGGAUAUCCUGCGAAAGGAUGGUAUCAACGAGAUAUGGCUUUGAAGAUGCUGCGAACCAACUCUUCACAAAUCCUGGGCAAUCAUAAGGGCGAAGCUGUCGUUUAUUUUGCAGACGAUGAUAAUUCGUACGACUUGCGACUGUUUGAUGAUUUUAUUAGAAAUGUGAAGAAAUUGGGAGUUUGGGCUGUUGGUUUGGUCGGUGGAACCAUAGUCGAAGCUCCGAAAGUUGAGAAUAAAAAAGUAACCUCAUUCAAUGUCAAAUGGGAGCCCAGCCGACCAUUUGCUGUUGAUAUGGCAGGAUUUGCAAUCAAUCUCAAGUAUAUUUUACGUUCCGCAGCCGUUUUUGGUCCAAAAUGUCAUGGAAGUGGGGCUCCGGAAACCUGUCUACUUGAGAAACUUGGAUUUGAGUUGGAUGAUAUUCAGCCGUUUGGGUACGAAAAAGAAGAAGAUAAAGAAAUUCUCGUAUGGCACACUAGAACCAGUAUACCGAAAUCUGGGAUCAGCGUUGAGGACGAUUUUGGAUAUUUCGUAGAAGUAGGAUAA